AUGUUACCAGAGGAUUCAGAAACCACAGUGGAACUGGUGAUACAACCACCACUUGUGGCACCCUCAACACUGGCUCCACCAGCAGUAGGUGCUGAAUACAAGUCCCUUGGUCUCCAGGUCCCUGGUAGCUUCUCCCAUGAACCCAGCAUCCCUGGCAGCUGUGCAAACAGCAUCUCACGAAAAUUCAAUAGCAGAAGAGCAAGUGGUGAAUGGGCAGCAGAAUCUGAACCUUGUGGAGAGCUCAAGGAGAGCCUAGAGAAGAACAGGAGACCCAGUGUCUGUAGGUAUGUCACCUCUCUCGUUCUUGGUAUUGUGCUCACGGCCAUGGCCUAUGAUUGCUAUGUAGCCAUCUGUAACCCUCUUCACUAUACAUUAUUGCUGACAAACAGGGUGGUUCUCAUCAUCGCAUUGGUAAUCCUACUGAGGCCUUUGUCUUUUGUCAUACCGUUUGUUCUACUCAUCCUACGGUUACCAUUUUGUGGACACCAUAUUAUCUCUCACACAUUCCGUGAGAAUAUGGGUAUUGCCCAUUUAUCCUGUGCCAGCAUCAGGGUCAACAUCAUCUAUGGUUUAUGUACCAUUUCUAUCCUGAUGUUUGACAUCAUAGCCAUUGUCAUUUCUUAUGUCCAGAUCCUUCGUGCUGUCUUUCAGCUGCCUUCCCAUGAUGCCCGGCUCAAAGCACUCAGCAUCUGUGGCUCUUAUGUGUGUGUCAUAUUGGCUUUCUACACCCCUGCAUUUUUUUCAUUUGUGAUUCACUAGUUUGGCUAGAAUAUACCACACUACAUCCACAUCCUUCUGGCCAAUUUCUACUUGGUCAUUCCAUCUGUUCUUAACCCUGUAAUCUAUGGUGUCAGAACUAAACAGGUUAGAGAACAGGUGCUGAAAGUAUUUUCCAAGGAAAAAACAUGGCUUUGGUAA